CUUCUGCUAGCUAGAAAUUAAGAGAGCAUAGAUGGCUGCCCAUUUCCUCUUCCUUGCUCUCCUUGCUCUGGCUUCAUCUCAUGCCAUUGCUUCUGAUCCUAGUCAACUCCAGGACUUCUGUGUUGCUGAUCUUGAAUCAAAUGUGCUUGUAAAUGGGUUCGUCUGCAAGGACCCGAAGCUUGCCAAAGCCGAAGACUUCUUCUUCUCUGGCCUCGACAAGCCCCGCGACACAGGGAACAAACUAGGGUCUAAUGUGACUCAAGUCAACGUGAACCAAAUUCCUGGGCUCAACACCCUUGGCAUCUCGCUGGCUCGCCUGGACUUUGCACCCUAUGGAGUCAACCCUCCUCACAUCCACCCAAGGGGAACCGAGAUCCUUACGGUGUUGGAAGGCACUCUCCAUGUCGGCUUCGUUACUUCUAAUAACCCCAACAACCAGCUCUUCACUAAGGUCCUCAACAAGGGCGAUGUGUUCGUAUUUCCUCAAGGCCUCAUCCAUUUCCAAUUCAACUAUGGGAAGACAAAUGCUGUCGCUAUUGCCGCUCUAAGCAGCCAGAACCCUGGCGUGAUCACCAUAGCCAAUGCAGUCUUUGGAGCGAAGCCACCAAUCUCUGAUUAUGUUCUUGCCAAGGCCUUUCAAUUGGACAAAAAGACUGUGGACUGGCUCCAGGCCCAAUUCUGGAUGGACAACAACAACUAGAAAACUGCAUACAAGCUUCUUGAUGGAAAAUUUGGACGCAAUUAUUUGUACUGUUCUAUUUGAAUAAGCAAACAAUACCAAUCAGUUUGCAUAAGCAAUAAUAUAUAUUGUUGAUGAAGGACUCCUCGUUUUAGUUAUUUCAUCAACUUCAAAAACUUUAAACACUUUUCCAAGCCUCAGUUUAUACCUGGCUGUAACACAUGCAAGAGCAAGAGAAAUUAAAUUUUG